CGAGGCUUGUCAGCUUUUUUGAAAGUUCCUCCCCCGCAGGCAGUUCAGUGAAAUUCCUCCACUGUUACAUUGUAAACAGAAGAAAUACAGCUUUAUCAAAUUGUGACAAAGAUACACUUUUGAUGUUGUCUACGACUAUCUUUACUGCCUUCACAUGACUAUGCUUCAUCUACUAAUUAAAGAGGCGGUUGCUAAGAGAUAACAAGCAGUGACAUCGCUGCUGAGAGCCUCUGAUGUGCUGCAGCCUGAACCUGCAUCUCUACUCUGGGUCUCUUCUCUUAACCCCCAUCUAGACCUGAGUGCACCUGACCCAUGUGAAGGAGUAGGGGGAGAGAGAGAGAAAGCGGAGUCACACCACAUACCACACGCCAUGGCAGCUUUCACCAGUACCCCGAAAGUGAAUUCCGGGAGUGCUCCUCACCACGGGUUCAGGGUGGAGAGCCCAGCGGAGUGUGACUGGAAGGACUGUGACACUGGAGGCAGCGAGAGGUCUAGAGGACACCGCACCAUGCUGGAGAAGACCCAUGACUUCUUCCAGACCUGUGACAUUGAGGACAAGGGCUUCAUCACCCGCCGGGACAUGCAGAGGCUCCAUGGAGAGCUGCCCCUCAGUGCCGAGGAGCUGGAGAAUGUCUUUGACACCCUGGACUCUGACGGCAAUGGAUACCUCACCCUGGAGGAAUUCUCCUUGGGCUUUAGUGAGUUCCUGUUUGGCCGGAGGAUCUCUGCAACAGAGGGGAUGGCCAGCCCCAUUGCCAAGGAACCCACUCAGGGCCCUCCAGACUCCCUGUACCAGACCCAGUGGGAGGAACGGUUGGUGGGCAGUGAGGACGAGGAGGAGAGGCACUUCUGCAUGCUAAUGGAGAGCUUGGGAGCCAGCAACGUCUUUGAGGACCCUGGUGAGGUGCGUAGUCUUUGGGCCCAGCUGAGGAGGGACGAGCCGCACCUCCUGUCCAACUUUGAGGAGUUCCUGGCCAGAGUAAUUUUACAGAUCACAGGGGCCAACCAGGAGAGGAUGGAGAUGGAGAGUGCCCUUAAAAGGAAAUCAGCAACACAUGACGAUGAGAUCCAUCGCUUAUAUGAAGAAAUGGAACAGCAAAUUAAAAAGGAGAAGGACCGGAUCUUACUGCAGGACUCUGAGCACUUCUUGUCUAGGAGUCAGGAUCUGGAGCAUCAGCUGUCCAGUAAGGAAAGGGAGCUGGAUCAGAUCUUCCAGAAACAAAGGAGGUGGGAGCAUCAGUGCCGGGAGCUGCACAGCGAGCAACACGUGACCAAGGUGGAGAACGUGGCACUGAAGCAGACCAAUGAGGAUCUGGCCCAGGAGCUGGAGCACACCAGUCAGGAGCUGAGCCUGGCCCAGGAGCAGCUGGUCCUCCUGCAGGAGCAGUCCUCACACCUGAACCAGGAGAGGGAGAUGGAGAUGUACCGGGUCACAGAGGGAUUGCAGAGGGAGCGAGCGAGCCUGCUGAAACAACUUGACCUGCUGAGGGAAAUGAACAAGCACUUACGAGAUGAGCGAGACAUGUGCUCUUAUCAAAAACUGAGGAAUACUGUUAAAAAUCCUGCUUGCAACCUGAGACCUGGAUCAAAUACUCUGAAUCCCUUUGACAGAAAGGCCUUUAGUGAGGAUGAGGAGGUAGUGCUCCCCCAAUCUAAGAGGAAGGGUCCGGGUGGAGUGAAUGGCUACAGCCUGGAGGACGUGGUGGAUUCCAGACCCCUCCACAGACCCCUCCAGAGGAUCAUCUCCAUAGAGGAGGACCACCUACCCCAGCUCCUACAGGAUAACUACCAGACUCAGCUCUGGGAGUGGCAUGAGGAGGCCGAGGAGGAAGAGCACAUAGAGCUACAGAUGACCUCUAUAAAUCCUCCCAGUUCUCCUCCAACGAUGGAGCAGCAGCAGCCAGUUGACACCAGAGAGACAGAGAUGCCUACAUCCCCCAGGGGCCAGCCUGUCGGAAAGGAGACUAUGGGGAAUGAGGAGGGUGCAGCGUUGGCCCCAGACCGCCUGUUUAAGAUCGUCCUGGUGGGCAACUCCAGUGUGGGGAAGACCUCUCUCCUCAGGCGGUUCUGUGAUGACUGCUUUUACCCAGGCACCUCUGCCACCGUCGGCAUAGACUACAGUGUGAAGACGAUACGGGUGGACAACAGCCAGGUGGCGCUGCAGAUGUGGGAUACAGCAGGACAGGAGAGGUAUCGCAGCAUCACCAAGCAGUUCUUCCGCAAGGCUGACGGUGUGGUAGUCAUAUAUGACAUUACUGCUGAGCAGAGUUUUACCGCGGUGAGGCAGUGGCUGACCAGUGUACAGGAGGGGGCUGGCGAGGACAUUCCCAUCAUGCUGCUGGGGAACAAAAUGGACAAGGGGAGUGAGCGGAAGGUUCAGACGAGAAUGGGUGAAAAAUUAGCCAAGGACUGCCAGUUGAUUUUCUACGAGUGCAGUGCUUGCUCUGGACAAAACGUGGUAGACUCAAUGGUAAAUUUGGCAAGAAUUCUGAAAGAGCAGGAGGACAGAGAGAAAGAGAAGACGAUCCAUCUGGUAAACAGCCCUUCACAGAAUAAGAGGUCCUGCUGCUAGCAACUUAAUGGCUAUUAGUUACUGUCUUCACAACACCAUAGUGUACUCACGUGUACCUGUUCUGAUGUUCUGUACAUUUUAACCUCCGGUCCUUAGGAACUCAAGGAUCUAUAGCACAAUGCAGUUGAAGUCGGAAGUUUACAUACAUCGUAGCCAAAUACAUUUAAAGUUUUUCACAAUCCCUGACAUUUAAUCCUAGUAAAAAUUCCCUGUCUUAGGUCAGUUAGGAUCACCACUUUAUUUUAAGAAUGUGAAAUGUCAGAAUAAUAGCAGAUUGAAUGAUUUAUUUCAGCUUUUAUUUCUUUCAUCACAUUCCCAGUGGGUCAGAAGUUUACAUGCACUCAAUUAGUAUUUGGUAGCAUUGCCUUUACAUUUUUUAACUUGGGUCAAACUUUUCGGGUAGCCUUCCACAAGCUUCCCACAAUAAGUUGGGUGAAUUUUGGCCCAUUCCUCCUGACAGAGUUGGUGUAACUGAGUCAGGUUUGUAGGCCUCCUUGCUCGCACACGCUUUUUCAGUUCUGCCCACAACAUUUCUAUGGGAUUGAGGUCAGGGCUUUGUGAUGGCCACUCCAAUACCUUGACUUUGUUGUCCUUAAGCCAUUUUGCCACAACUUUGGAAGUAUGCUUGGGGUCAUUGUCCAUUUGGAAGACCCAUUUGUGACCAAGCUUUAACUUCCUGACUGAUGUCUUGAGAUGUUGCCUCAAUAUUUCCACAUAAUAUUCCUGACACAUGAUGCCAUCUAUUUUGUGAAGUGAACCAGUCCCUCUUGCAGCAAAGCACCCCCACAACAUGAUGCUGCCACCCCCGUGCUUCAUGGUUGAGAUGGUGUUCUUCGGCUUGCAAGCCUCCCCCUUUUUCCUCCAAACAUAACGAUGGCCAAACAAUUCUAUUUUUGUUUCAUCAGACCAGAGGACAUUUCUCCAAAAAGUAUGAUCUUUGUCCCCAUGUGCAGUUACAAAUCGUAGUCUGGCUUUUUUUAUGGCGGUUUUGGAGCAGUGGCUUCUUCCUUGCAGAGCAGCCUUUCAGGUUAUGUCGAUAUAGGACUCGUUUUACUGUGGUUAUAGAUACUUUUAUACCUGUUUCCUCCAGCAUCUUCACAAGGUCCUUUGCUGUUGUUCUGGGAUUGAUUUGCACUUUUCCCACCAAAGUACAUUCAUCUCUAGGAGACAGAACGUGUCUCCUUUCUGAUGGGUAUGAUGGCUGCGUGGUCCCAUGGUGUUUAUACUGGCGUACUAUUGUUUGUACAGAUGAACGUGGUACCUUCAGGCAUUUGGAAAUUGUGGAGGUCUACAAUUUCUUUUGAGGACUUGGCUAAUUUAUUUUGAUUUUCACAUGUCAAGCAGAAGCACUGAGUUUGAAGGUUGGCCUUGAAAUACAUCCACAGGUACACCUCCAAUUGACUCCAAUGGUGUCAAUUAGCCUAUCAGAAGCUUCUAAAGCCAUGACAUCAUAUUCUGGAAUUAUCCAAGUUGUUUAAUGGCAGUCAACGUAGUGUAUUUAAACUUUUGACCCACUGGAAUAUUGAUACAGUGAAUUAUAAGUGAAAUAAUCUGUAAACAAUUGUUGGAAAAAUUACUUGUGUCAUGCACAAAGUAGAUGUCCUAACCGACUUGCCAAAACGAUAGUUUGUUUACAAGAAAUUUGUGGAGUGGUUGAAAAACUAGUUUUAAUGACUCCAACCGAAGUCUAUGUAAACUUCCUACUUCAAUUAUACCUCUUUCGAUCUGUCUCUCUCUAACUCUCCCUCUCCCUACACAUGCAGUGUGUACACCUUUUUUCAUGAGUCUGUGGCUUUUAAAACAGCUCUCUUUCAGAUGUUAUCUUAGCACUUCACACCACGAAAGAGCCAGACUAUGGGCUGACACUACCAUUGGUGAAUAGAAUGAAAUAAAAAAAGACAGUAUUGUACUAUUAAAAUAUCAUAUAGAUGUAUGUUCCUAAUAAUUACAAUGUAUUUUUAAUUCAAAUGUAUUUUCAACCAGCUAAGCCAAAACCAAGUUAUAUCCUGUAUAAAAAUGACAGUUAAAGUAAACCUUUGUUUAUGGCUGGGUUAGGUUUUGGACAAUUUGUGAAAUGGGGAUUUUGUUCAGAACCAAUUGAACAUUUCCAACAGUAAAGAAGAGUUAAUAUUAUUUGUCAGAUUGACUCUAUUUAUCUCAGAUCAAUUUGGUUACUAGAUUAGCCUCUCUCAAACGUAAUAAGGCUUACUGUUGUAUGUGGGGAUGAUUGUCCAGAAGUCAACUGUGUAUAGAAAUGCCUUUGCAAUGACAGUGGACGGUAGUAGAGCUCUGCCAUACUGUACCUCUAUCAAAGCGUUUGCAUGCAAACUGUCACCACUAUCUGGCAUUUUUAUGUAAUUUAAUGUAAUUCUUAUGUAAUGUAAAGUGUUAUUUCUAUGAAGCAGUUCUAUUGAACUGCAGUUGUUUGCUCAAUCUUGCCAAGUGAUAUGCCUUUUCCAUAACCAGAUCUCUUAGUGGACGUGCCAAAACAUUUCUCAUAAUUCUAUAAAAGUUGAUAUAGCACCAAGUAUUCUUGAACAAAUUCUUGUGCUCCAGCUGGGAAUUUGUUGUAAAUAUAACAUAUUGUAAUGUACACCAUUACUGCACUCGUACAGUAUAGUAAUUUAGCUUCCAAUCGACACCUAUGAGACAAUGGAGGUGUCAUUAGUACAUGUAUAUUCUGGGAUGUUGAGGAACACUGACAAAUCGUCCUUUGGGGUCCUCCGGUGUAGAGUAUCUUGUGUAUUUGACAGUGUGCUAUGGCCACUAAACUAACCAACCCGGUUGCAUUUGUGCCACGUUACUGUGCCUGUAUUCUUGCACAAUAAUGUGAACAUGUAAAUAUGAACAAUGUUAUGGCUUCUCUGAAUAAUACAUGGAUAUUGUAUAUUU